AAACCCAGCCUCUUUUUAUCACUCGCACACUUUCAAACUCCACGGCGCAGAUCCGAGGAGUUUGGGAAACCCUAGCUCUCUUUUAGCAACCUCCAGUUGUCUUCUGCUUCUCUCUCUCUCUCUCUCUCCAGCGUUCAUCAACAUCAUCAGUCAUGGCAGGUGUUGCACCCGAGGGAUCACAGUUUGAUGCAAAACAGUAUGAUACUAAGAUGAGUGAGCUGCUCUCAACUGAUGGGCAAGAUUUCUUCACGUCGUAUGAUGAAGUUUUUGAAAGUUUUGAUGCCAUGGGAUUGCAGGAAAAUCUCCUGAGAGGCAUUUAUGCGUAUGGUUUUGAGAAGCCUUCUGCCAUUCAGCAAAGGGGAAUUGUUCCCUUCUGCAAAGGCCUUGAUGUGAUUCAACAGGCUCAGUCCGGAACCGGGAAAACAGCAACCUUUUGCUCGGGGAUUUUGCAGCAACUUGAUUAUGGUGUUGUCCAGUGCCAGGCUUUGGUUUUGGCACCUACCAGGGAGUUGGCACAGCAGAUUGAGAAGGUUAUGCGAGCACUUGGUGACUACCUUGGUGUAAAGGUUCAUGCUUGUGUUGGUGGGACAAGUGUUCGUGAGGAUCAGCGCAUUCUUCAAGCUGGUGUUCAUGUUGUUGUAGGAACCCCUGGUCGUGUGUUUGACAUGUUGAGAAGGCAAUCACUUCGCCCAGAUUACAUCAAGAUGUUUGUAUUGGAUGAGGCUGAUGAAAUGCUUUCUCGUGGUUUUAAGGAUCAGAUCUACGACAUUUUCCAGCUCCUGCCAUCAAAGGUUCAGGUUGGGGUGUUUUCUGCUACCAUGCCACCUGAAGCCCUGGAAAUCACAAGGAAGUUUAUGAACAAACCCGUGAGGAUCUUGGUAAAGCGCGAUGAGCUCACCCUUGAGGGUAUCAAGCAGUUCUAUGUCAAUGUCGAUAAAGAAGAAUGGAAGCUCGAGACGCUUUGUGAUCUGUAUGAGACCCUGGCCAUCACCCAGAGUGUCAUUUUCGUUAACACCAGGCGCAAGGUGGACUGGCUUACUGACAAGAUGAGAAGCCGUGACCACACUGUCUCCGCCACCCACGGUGACAUGGACCAGAACACUCGUGACAUCAUCAUGCGUGAAUUCCGAUCUGGCUCAUCCCGUGUUCUCAUCACCACUGAUCUCUUGGCUCGUGGUAUCGAUGUGCAGCAGGUAUCUCUCGUAAUAAACUAUGAUUUGCCAACUCAACCCGAGAACUACCUUCAUCGUAUUGGACGAAGUGGAAGGUUUGGGAGAAAGGGUGUCGCUAUAAACUUUGUGACAAGGGAUGACGAGAGAAUGCUCUAUGACAUCCAGAGGUUUUACAAUGUGGUGAUCGAGGAGCUCCCAUCGAAUGUUGCUGAUCUUCUCUGAAGAGCUCGCGCGUUUAGUUCUGGUUCUCUUUUUGAGGCAGUUUUUAAUUGUCCUGUUUUGAAAGUACUGUUUAAUGCUGCUGUUUUUGGUUUUGUUUUGUCCUCAAUUUAUGCUGUCCAACAUAUCUAACUGUUAAAUGGUAUGCGGCCUUCUUGCUCGGUUUCGAUAUAUGAAGAAAGACUUUUAGGAUGUUCGUUGCAUACUGUCUUUGUGCGGUUCAGGGUUUUGUUAUUUUGAAUGGUUAUAAAUAUUAAGGUUGUUUCAAUA